AUGUUCGAUUGGAGUUUCCCCGCGUCAGACGUGCCUGCGGCGAAAAAAUCUGUACACGAUCUAUCUUUUGUUUUCGACCCAUCAAUGAGGAGGAGGAGAUCUGCUACACCGCUGGAAUCCGCAGAUACGGUCCUCGAGAUCCUUGUCAAGCUGCCGACCAGGGACGUCACCCGCUGCCGUUGCGUCUCCAGGCUAUGGCGCAAUGUCGUCUCCGACCCCUCUUUCAGCAGCCUACACGCCGAGGCCGAGGCCGAGGUCAGCCAUGUCUCGACCUCGUCGGAGGCGUUGAUCGUCACGGUAACCCGCGAGUGUGGGAGGCCCGCCGAGGCCAGCUUCUUCAGCGUCUCGUCGUCGAGGCCCAUGCCCUACCGCGUCACAAUCCCAAGCGACUACAACCUCUCGAACGUCUGCAACGGCCUCCUCUGCUUCGCGGCCAGACAUGCCAACACACCGGUCUUCGUCUGCAAUCCUGUCACCGGCGAGACGGCAACGCUUCCCAAGGCGCCUCCGCCCAUGGGGCUGGGGAUUCCGGGUGGCACCAGCCACCGCAAUUGCAACCAUCAGUUCGCCUUAGGGUUCAGCCCCUCCACCAAGGAGCACAAGCUGUUCAGAUUCUCCUUCACGUCCUACAGUGGCAUCAGCAUGAACAACGUCAACCAGAGCGUAUACACCUUAGACGGAACGACGGGCGGUGUGUGGCGCCUGCGCUCGUACCGUACCGAGUGUCCCCUGUUGCGCACCUUGCCACCUGUGUUCGUCGGUGGCAAGCUGUACAUGGUGACCACCGGCGCCCGUACUGGCCUGGACACGGAACCGGAACAGCUCCGAAACCCUGACGGGUUGCUGGAGGUCGACGUGGCGACCGAGGCGCACCGCACGUUCCGUCUCCCGCUCCCGCACUAG